AUGUCGACAUUGAUACCAAGCCGGCUCCCGUCCACGAGCAUUAAACCAAUCCAUGAUACCACAAGCAUCAAGCUGCAGCCAUGUCCGUGUAGACCUGCUUGCAAUCUGAGCCUCCUCCAAACCUCCCAACACCACUUAUACCACCAUAGCCAUCACAGCCGCCACCACCACCUCCAUCCACGAUCAUCAUCAUCAUCAUCAUCAUCAUCAUCAUCCUCAACGGUUGCUCAGUCCACCACCACCACCACCACCACCACCACCACCACCACCACUCCCGGCAGCCACGAUGUCUUAGGGACAGACGGGCCGCCAACGAGCGACGGUACCAACACCAACACCAACACCAACACCAACACCACCAACACCAACACCAACACCAACACCAACACCAACACCAACACCAACACCAACACCGACACCAGCAACAGCAACAGCAACAGCAGUAGCGACCUGGUGAUUGUACUGGUAGAGCCCAAACGCGGCGAGAACAUAGGUGCCGCAGCGCGCGGCAUGAAGAACUUCGGGCUCCGCGAGCUCAGACUGGUGCGGCCGAUGGCGGGCGCUGGUGGCGGCGGCGGCGGCGGCGGCGGCGGCGGCGGCGGUGGUGGCGGUGACAGAGCUGUUGAUGCUGGCGGCGGCAGUGGGGGAUGGUACUGGCCGGAUGAGAAGGCGCGCGCUGUGGCGGCGAGGGCCGUCGAUGUGGUGGACUCGGCCAAGGUGUACGACACGCUGGAUGCUGCGCUGGCGGACUUGCAGUAUGUGUACGCGGCGUCAGGGCGGCCACGUGCGCAGGACAAGUUGGCGAAAGAUGUCGUACUCCUACGGCAAGUGCAGGAUUCUUUGCCGCCAGCGGGCACCCGAAUAGGCGUCAUGUUCGGUCGCGAGGAUAACGGGCUCUACAACGAGGAACUGGUUCGCGCCAACGCAAUUCUCACCAUCGACACUGACCCCUCCUUCUACUCGCUCAACCUAGGUCAGGCAGUGCUCAUCGUGUGCUAUGAGCUCUUCAGGGCGCCCCGACGGCCUGGGCUCGGAGCCAAGCGAGACCGUGCAUCCCGCCGGGAGGUGGAGGGCAUGCUCGACCGCCUGUUCCGCGCGCUAGACGCCCGCGCCUUUUUCAACCAGUACAACAGGGACGUACUGCAAUACGCGAUCCGGGGUUUCUUCGACCGAGUCAAUCCGCUCAGCCGGCAGGACGUCGCGGCGGUACGACAGGUCCUGAAGGCUCUGCAGCGGCCGCCGUCACCACCACCACCACCACCACCGCCUGGGGCGCAGCCGCAGCCGCCGCCGCCGCCGCCACCGCCGCCUGGGGCGCAGCCGCAGCCGCCGCCGCCGCCGCCACCGCCGCCGCCGCCGCCACCUGGCGACCCGUCGGACGCGCAGCAGUAG